ACACAGUGUGGUGGCAGUCUCUACGCCACAUUUCCUUCAUUCUUUUUCCUCCUUUGCUACAAACAGCCACAUUCACACUACAAAUGUCGGUACUAAUUAUCACUUCUACCAUUACGAAGGCUUUCCUGUCGUGAUCCCAUCAUCGCCGCUCUCCUCUGUUACAAACUAGCAAGAUUAGACUGUAUCCACCGUCACCGUCACCACUGCUCAGUGUUGUCACCGCUGCGGUUCUUCCUACUCGUCCUCAGCACCUCGAUCAACGUACCCAGGCACUCCAUACCUCGCCAUGGAGGACGCACCCCCUCCAUACACGUCCACGCCUACGCAGCCGCCGCCGUACAAACAAAAAGCUGACGGCGAGGUACCCCCAGUAGGCUUCGACGUGCCGCAGGAAGGAACUGAACACAUAGCUGGGGCUGCCCUUGUGCCCCCUCAGCCUGUUGCCACUCACGUGGUGGUGGUGCAGCAGCAGGGUUCCUGUCCCAUCUGCAAGAUGGGGUACGUGCGGGAGGAGUUCACGCUGUGUGGAAUGUUUAUGGCAAUAAUGUUCUUCCCGCUUGGCCUGAUCUGCUGCCUGCUGAUGAGGGUGCGGCGCUGCUCACACUGCCGGGCCAUCGUCAUCUAACCUCCCCACUCCCACUCCUCUCAACGCUAGCCGCCUGUCAUCAUCGCUGUCACUUCCACCGAGAGAGAGAGAGAGAGAGAGAGAGAGAGAGAGAGAGUGGAAGGCGAGAGGGUCAUUAUAAUCUUAUUCUCAAACGUCAUGUCUUAUCGCGACUGCUUUUAACAGCCGUACGUAAUGGAGACUGUUUUUGUUUCAUUCUUUCUCUUUAUGACGAUUCCCGUAAUAGUCUAACAAAUAUUUACAUUACCAAUAAAGAAAAGAAUUAUGGGAACUCAAUUAAUCAUUCCCGUCUCCUAUGAAAGCAGUCGUGAGAAGAGCCAAGUGUUCAAGAAUACUGGGAGGGAAGGAGGAGGAGAGAGGAAUGGAUGGGAGGAGAGGAGGGAUGGAGAAGGGAAAGGGAGAGGGAAGUCAUUCGUGAGAUUUUUUUUUUUUUUUUUUUUUUUUUGAGGAUGGGGUGUUGGGGGUAGGAGGAUGGACAGGCCAAACUUAGCCUUUGCCUACACCUCGCUUCCACCUCCCACCACUGCCUCGUGUGCUCGCUUGUGUGUCAUAAGAGCGUGUUUGAUGUGUCGUGAAUAAAUUAGUAAAUAAAUAUAUCAUAUCUUACAUCAUAUCUAUUUUUCUGUUUAUUAUUCUAUAUGUCUAUCGAUCUGUCUAUCUAUUUAUUCAUCUAUCUAUACACGUACUUUUAUAUUGGUGUGUGUGUGUGUGUGUGUGUGUGUGUGUGUGUGUGUGUGUGUGUGUGUGUGUGUGUGUGUUCUUAUUCAUCUGUCUUCCUAUCUAUAUUUAUCUUUGUAUUUCUCUUUGUGUGUCAGCCUGUCUGUCAUUAGACAUUGACAUGCCAUUAUCUUUGUUUUCUUGACAAUUAUUUCACAGUGAACAACUUUAUGUAAACCUUUAGUACAUAGAAUUCUUUGUGCAAUUUCAGUGUACGCUCACUUUGCAGAUCCACGUGUUUGUAUUGUAUUACAUUAUAUUGCAUUACAUCAGACA